AAUGCAGUUGAAGGAAUAGUUUCAAUGACUGGUUAUUUUGAUAUUGUAUGGACAGAUAACAGCAUGAUAUGGACUCUCUCCGAUUACGACAAUGCCUGGUAUAUUAUAUUACCAGAAGACGCUAUCUGGAAGCCUCCGUUGAUUAAUUCAAAUAGUGCUAGAGAAUUCUCGAUUUUCAAUCCGGAGGAUUUAUCAUUAUAUGUACUUUAUGACGGACAAGUUAAAUGGCUUCCAGCACAAAAUUUGAAGUUCACAUGCGAUAUAGAUAUAACCUAUUUUCCAUUUGAUACACAAGAGUGUACUAUGCAAAUUAUAGCAUGGGGAUAUUCUACUUUCGACAUUACUUUCUACUCGUCACUUUCUACCGUUCAUACAUCUUCAUAUUCUACGAAUAGUGAAUGGGAACUAAGUAAAACGUCUGUCAACGUAUCUAACACCGUAACACCAACAGUAAGAUAUACCUUCUACUUUAAGAGACGUCCAAUGUUUUUACUGAUGACAUUGAUAAUUCCGGUUAUUUUUCUUGCUCUUCUGAACAUAGGUGUUUUUCUGUUACCGACUGAGUCAGGAGAAAGGUUUGGAUUUUCAGUAACUCUUUUAUUAGCUGUAGUAGUAUUUCUCACGAUCGCACAAGGAUUACUACCAGCUUCCGCUGUACCAAGACUUUCUGCAAUUUGUGUAACUCUUAUGAUUAAUCUUGUUAUGAGUGGUUUAAUUGUAGGAUCCGUCAUCAUGAGCUCUAGAUUUUAUUACAAAACUGAAGAUGAGCCAAUUCCGAAUUGGAUGAAAAAAAUCGUUACAUACCAGCUUUGCUGUCGAGGAAAAAAUCAAGUUCAUGAUCUUCGGAACGGGGAGAAAGUUGAUCAUUGCAUAGAAUACAAUGGUAAUGCAAAGAAAAUUACUUGGCAAGAUGUCUCGAAAGCUUUUGAUACGAUUUCACUUAUAUUUUAUAUCGUGGCAUUCAUUGCUGGUAACUUAAUGUUUAUCAUUGAUGUUGCACAGGUAAUGGAAUAAGCGCCUGGAACUGAUAUUAACUGAAACUUCAUAACAGAUUGAAAGAACGUGACCAUCGUAGAUAUAAAUAUUGUCUACAUUGGGACGAAACAAAUCAUAUUUUCUUUUUAAAAAUUAAACACUUUAAAUUUC